UUGCGCUGAUUGGCUCGUACUUCGCGAAAGUUCUUUCGAAACUCACCGUUACUUUACCCCUUUUUUUCAUCUCAAACUAAGCUUUGCUACAUUUUAUUCUUUCUCUGUGAUUGAAACUGUGAGAAGAAGCGCACUUCAGUUCACCGUUACCUCCACAGCACAAGAUGGAUUUUCAGGGUUUCUUAAACGACUUGCAGGAUUGGGAACUUUCUACAAAGGAUAAUAAAGCGGCAAAAACCAAGUCACAAAAGGAAAAUAAAUUCACAAAAGGUUCAUCUUCUCGAAGCGGUGGAUCAGUGGGUGUAGAGAAUGGGUCAAGAGGAGAUACUAUUUCUUUUGAUCAUGCAAGAAAUUCUUCAGCUCAGUAUGAUUUCUCAAGAAACAAUGAUCUGUUAAAACGUGUGAGUAGUAGUUUUGCUUCUGAAGAUGUUCCUGAUGCUGCAUCUGAGAAAGACCUGGGUAAUGAGUUUUUUAAGCAGAAGAAAUUUAAGGAAGCUAUUGAUUGCUAUUCAAGGAGCAUUGCCUUCUCACCAACUGCUGUAGCGCAUGCAAAUAGGGCAAUGGCCCAUAUAAAGUUAAAAAGAUUUCAAGAGGCUGAGGAUGACUGUACGGAGGCCUUAAAUCUCGACGAUCGCUACAUAAAAGCAUACUCGCGGCGAGCAAUGGCUAGAAAAGAACUUGGGAAAAAUAAAGAAUCUAUGGAGGAUGCUGAGUUUGCCAUGAGGUUGGAACCUAACAAUCAAGAAGUCAAGAAACAGUAUGCUGAUGCCAAAUCACUUUAUGAGAAAGAAAUUCUACAUAAAACAUCCAAAGCACUAAGAAACACUGUACAAAAAAUGGGAAAGUCUGAGGCAAAAGUUAAUGGAAGCAGCAGCAUCCACUCUAUUUCACAUGGUACUCAAAAGUCAGGUCCAGCUGAAGCUCAUCAUCAAACCAAGGGUAAUGAGGCGAAAGUUCCUGCUAAAGAAUCACUCUUAAUGGAGGAGAUCAAUACUAAGGAUACAAAAUCUGGAAGCAGAACUCAAGGACAAGUAGGCAAUGGUUCUAAGGAAGGUCAUGGUGCAACCAAAAGCUUGGAGCAGAGAAAUCACAAAACUAGAAAGCCGGAAAUUAAAGCAUCUGUUGAGCAGCUUGCUUCUCGGGCUGCUUCUCGAGCUAUGGCUGACGCUGCAAAAAAUAUAACGCCCCCAACUACAGCUUAUCAGUUUGAAGUCUCUUGGAGAGGGUUUUCAGGCGAUCGUGCUUUGCAGGCUUGUCUAUUAAAGGCAUUGUCUCCCCAUGAAUUACCAAAAAUAUUCAAAAAUGCCUUAUCUUCUACCCUUCUUGUUGAGAUCAUCAAGUGUGCUGCAUCUUUUUUCGCUGAAGACAUGGAUCUAGUUGUCAGUUAUAUGAACAAUUUAACCAAGGUACCGAGAUUUGAUGUGAUCGUAAUGUGCCUCCCAUCAGCAGAUAAGGAUGACUUGUGCAAGAUCUGGAAUGAAGUGUUCUGUGGUGAAGCAACUCCGAUGGAGUAUGCAGAGAUUCUGGAUAACCUCCGAUCAAAGUUCUACCUCGAGUAGUUAAUGUUUUUUUAUGCUUUUUCAUAUUGGAUCUCUUUUUGGCAACCAUAUUCAAAUGUAAAUUAUUACAGUAUUAAUCGGUGAGCAUUAUAGGUUCUCUCAAGUUGAACCAUUAUAGGUUCUCUCAAGCAUUAGCUAAAUAUGGAUAUGGAGGCUGAGGAUCCAAAUUGUUCUAAUCUUUUUAUUGUGUGAAUUCAAGCUGUUAUGACUGAUAGUUGGAAAGAAGUAUUUGAAAGAGGAUCCAAUUUUCUGUCAUGAA